AUGCCUCGCUCCCGGCGGGACACUCCACCUCCUACAGCAACCAGCACCAUCACCACCAAUACGAACAGCAGCAGCAGCAGCAAAAGACACCAACAACAUCGAUCUCCUAGCAGAGAACUGAGUCCACAGCGCACCAAUAAAAGAAAGAAGAGGAGCAGCAGUAGUAGCAGCAGUAGCAACAGCAGCAGUAGCAGUAGCAAUAAUGAGAGUGACAGCAGCGAUAGCGGAGGCAGCGAACAUCAUGCAUCGUCCAAGUCUAAACCCCGGAAAAAGAACGCGUUGCGGAAACGGAGCGGCGACGAUGGGGCAAACGGGAGAGCGAGCGCUGACGCUGACGAGUACGAAAAUUGCGAUCGCGGAGACGCUCCACCCAUCGAAGACUCGAGUGAGAUGUCGGUGUCAUCGAAGAAAGGAAAACGGAUGAAGAACGUUUACGGGGGUAAAACUUGCCUGGAUAAAUCUCAACUUGAUACCAAACCAAGCAUGCUCAAUGGGGCAGUCAAGCAAGAGAAAAGUGACUGUCACAAGGCUUCGGUGUCCGUGAAAAUUAGUAGCUACAGUAGACCUGGUGCGCUGAGUAACAAAGAUGGUUACAGACCGAGCGAGGGAAGUGCAGGCAGGGCUGCCGGCUCAUCGAAUUCUCUCAGUGAUGAGAAGCGUGAGACUUUGAGGCGUCUUCUUACCGUCUCCGGCAGUAAGGACACGACUGCUGUGUUAGGCCGUAAGAAGAUAGAUAGUUAUAAACUUAGUCUCACGUUUCCUGAUGACGAAGAAGAUGAAGAUGAUAACCGAACAGAUUCCGUAACUUCCGUGCCUGGUUUGAAGCCCCCUUCCCUUCCUGACCCCCGAUCUCCAUUACAGCGGCGUUCUUCAGCAAGCUGGUUUGAACAAGGCACCUCCGAUGAAGGCCAGCGUCCUCCGUGGUCAAGUAGCUCCCGCUCGCGUUCUCGGUCUCACUCCAGAUCACGAUCGAAGCACAGAAGAUCUGGGUCAAAGUCGUCAAGAUCAAGAUCUCGGAGUUUUUCGCGAUCCAGGUCUCCGUAUCGAUCUCGAUCACCUUCACGGCACUCUAGAUCUCGAUCAACUUCGCGGCACUCCAGAUCUCGAUCACCUUCACGGCACUCCAUAUCUCGAUCACCCUCACGGCACUCCAGAUCUCGAUCAAGAUCACCAAAAAGGUCACAGACUAGACAUCGGUCCCAAACUUUGUCUAGGUCAGGAUCGCGAUCGAAACAUGGAAGCCGUUCGAGAACCCGAAGUGAGAGCCGGUCAAAAUCUAGAUCGCGAUCUAAACGAUCGAGAACUACAUCCUACAGCCGAUCUUCAUCCCGCUCCCGGUCUUACUCAAGAUCAAUAUCGCGAUCAAGAUCGUCCUCCAGAUCUAGAAGUAGAUCUCGGUCGGUUUCCAUACCUAGACGUCGUGGGUCACCGUCGUUUUUGGACAAGCGGCGGAUCACAAGUGCACGGAAGCGGCCGGUUCCAUACCACCGGCCCACGCCGCCCCCCGAGAGCGACUCGUCAUCCUCUUCGUCGUGGUCCAGCGGGAGUCGCAGCCACAGCCCCCAGUGCCCCCAGUUGCAACGAGUUGCAACUUGAUGAGAUUUCGAUGUUCGUAAUAUUCAAUGAAUACUCAGCCGUAUUCGUAAAAAAGAGACAGGGUCACAAUAUAUUUCGCGCGUGCACCAAACAUCAUAGUCCAAGUUCUAUUCAAGUUAUGGUUAGAAUAUCGCUGAGUUGCAAAUGACACGACUCAUCGCAAAUGACAAUUUCAGCUUUAGAUAAAAUCUACUAUACGCCAAGGAACCCUUGUAUUAGUGCUACCAAUUAUAAACGUUACUGAAAAUUACGGACCAUCAGUACUCUGUUUCCACACUAAGGGGAUUCUUCUCCAAUGCCUCCUAAUCUUGCAUUAUUCCAACGCCAAAAUAGGUAUAAAGUUUACUCAUGUGAGAGUCCAGAAUAGUAGAAAUGUUAUUUAUGAAGAUCUAAUUGGAGUAGCUUCAUAAAUAAAAAAAGUUCUGUGACAUUCACCAGCCUCGUGUCUGUCUUGCAAGUAUCCAAAAUUCAUUUCAAUUGCACUCGAGAAAAUCCAACUAGAAUAACGGAUGAAAAUAUGGAUCUGUAUUCUACACUUUAAUAAAUGUGACCUGAUAUU